UGAAUUUCAGCGAUUCAAAGCUACCUGAUGGUUUUUUGCCCUCUCGGAGUCCCGAAAGGACCGCUACUGUGUGUGAAGGUUAAUGCGUAUUACAGGUUACAGGCGCGUAAAAAGCGCUUAUCCUGAAGUGUUGUCCUCGUCCUUAAGUGUUUAUUUCUCCGGUGGCGUACCGUGGCCAUGCUCCGUGUCUCGGUGUCUGCUGUUCUCUGCUGUGUCUGCAGUCGUCCCUCUGACCUUUAGUCUGCUGGUCCCACCGCGGGAUUGUUAGGAUAUCCUAGCGGCGUUGUGCGCUCAGGACUCCGACUCAUCCUUGGAGAAGUUCCUCCGCCGCAGUCCCAUGCAUAGCGCUUCUCUUCUCUCCUCCCCUCCUGCUGCGAUAAGGAUGCUGCUGGCUUUACACGGUCAAACUCCACAGGAUAAGCCUGAGUUUAACAAACGGACCAUGUAACCAGAUCAGAUAUGUUCAUACAGUGUGGCAGUCCUCUCACCUUUGACCUCUAAUGUGACUUCUCCUCACCCGUACAACCUUUAAACACUCUUCUGAUGUGUUAAGCAACUUUGCUGAACAGUUUGAUGGAGAGCUGGUCGGAUGACAGCUGGAACUGUUGUCAUAACCGGAGGAAUACUGGCCACAGUGAUACUUCUGUGUAUCAUAGCUGUGCUCUGUUACUGUAGACUCCAGUACUACUGCUGUAAGAAGAAUGGGUCUGACAGCGGCUCCAUCUCUCAGCAACACUUUGCCUGCAACGCCUGCAGUGUCUCCGGCCUGGACGGGUCCAUCAUCACCCCGCUGUCCAUGUCCCCACCAGACCUGCCCCGAGCCUCCGACCCCAACAAACCCACAGGGGGGCCACGCACCUACUGCCCCACCUGCUCGCCCUAUGACUCGCCCUUCUACAUCCGUACCACUGACGAGAUGCGCAACGGUGGCGAGCGCAUUACCUACAUGCCCACACACUAUGAGAACCAGGCGCUGGCGAUGCCGCUGCCUACCGUCCGAGGCUCCCUGCUGAGGGAGACCCAGCGAGGCCGACCCCCCGAUUUCUACACCAACACCCGAGCCAUCAGCACCGAGGUGUGACCACUCUGAAAAAAGGAAAUCACACCCAAACACACCCCUAAUUUCACUUACACAAACUCCAACAGCUCUUCUAAUAAGACCACAAUAUAAUGGAUUAUAUGUUUGUGGAAGUUAUCACAUUUAUUUAAGGAUUGGGGGGGAUUUAAGGGGGUUUAAGACUUCAACUGCUGAAGAUUCAAGUGUGACAAACAGGGAUCCCUUUCAAACCUAGUUCCUAACUUUAUAUCCUUUAAUUUUAAGUUUUCACUAUGAUAGUAAUUAUGUAAUUGAUUGUAGAUAAAACUGUAGGUUUCUUGUGGGAACAUGUCUCUUUAUGCUCCGACAUAAAGGGUCUAGUUGUAAACUCGUAAUCUGUCUGUUGACUGUUACUGUCUUUACUGACUGAGGGCUAUCUUAGAUAAUUUAAGCUACACAUCUUCCUUAUGACUGCCAAAGGACAAACAUGUAGUAUGAUGGAGUGUGUAGUAAAUAUAAAACACGUUUUCAUGAUGGAGACUGAAAUACAUUUGUAAAAGUUAUAAGAAGGAAAAGUCAUCAUCCCCUCUGCAGUUUUCUGGAUCUCUGGACGCAUGUUUGAGUUAAAGGAGAAGGUUGUAGAGGAUGGACGACUGGAGCUUACUCUAUGCAAGCUGUCUGGCAAACUACUGCAGUUCUUUAUCUCCAGUCAUCACCUUUCAGCUUCUUUUGUCUCAUCAAGCAACUCAAUUAUAGGAAUAUUGUAAGCAUGGUGGACUCUGAGGAAGAUAUGACAAUGCUGCACAUGUACAUAUACAUAAAAGCAAUUUAAAACUGGAUCAUGAAUACAGGGGUUGUUUUGGGUUGCCAGAUCCACACGGAAUCCCCACUUUCUCUACAAAGGUGUAGGCCUGUGAACAAACAAGAAUGCCAAGCUUGAAAUGAACUGAGUAAAUAUCUCUUUUGACAGUGAUGCAAAAAGUCUGAUUUGUAAAUAUUAACCAGAAAGCAAUGAACGCAUCUUUUGAUCCCAUUGUGUUCUUGACGAAAACCAUAAACCCCCUGGAAAACAUGAUGUAUUUUGAUUGAGCGAGUGUGAUUAACUACAGUAGUUUGUGAUAUUAUGUCUACACACUCCUUAUGUACUCCUGUACUACUCUCAUGUUGAGUUUUUGAAAAGCAAAUAAUCAUGUAAUUUCAUUUAAUGUUUUUUUUCAUACUGUGAGAAGUCAUAAUACACAUUUAUGUGAUUUUAAACUGUUGCACAGUGCUCGUUUUGUACAUUACAAUCACCAAGCAUUGCUUGUCAGACAAAACAUUAUAUUUAAAUAUUUCCUGUGAUUUUUUCUAUUUCUAUUUCAAUCUAUAACAACAUUAACAUUAAGUGAGGCUAAAUAAGCAAAGCAAGAAACAUUGAGGACUUGUGUAGUAUAAUGUUGGGUCAUGUUAUUUUACAAGAUUUCCAGAGAGGCCUAGUGUUGCCAUUAUAGCAAUACACGAAAGUGCAUAUUACAUUAUUGGAAUUCAUUGAUCAGAAGCUUUUUCAUUUAUUUUUUCUUACCUUUUCAUUCACUUUGAUUAAAUAAAAGUCGACUGCAGUGCCAUUACAAUACACUAUCUCAAAAUUAUUACAAUAGAACUGUAGAUAUUUUUCUCUGGAUUGACUUAAAGGAUAAAAAAAAAAAAAUACUGUAGAAGCCUGGCAAAAGGAAAAUUCAUCACCAAAGGCUGACAAGUUUGAUACGUCUAGAAUCUCUGAAGAGAAAGGAGACAUAAAAGUAGUGUUUUUGUCAUGUUUCCACUACCACAGAGUAUUCAUUGUCAUUUGUUUAUUUAGGAAUUGUAUCAACUAUAUAUUUUAUUACUUACAUACUUAACCAGUUAUCUUUAACAACAGAUAAGAAGAUUUUUAGAAAUGUGGUUAAAACAGAUAUUGUACCUGACGAAUACAGAAACAAUAAUAUUUGACAGUGUUAACUUUUGACUAUAAA